GCCAGCUCAUUUCUCUUACUGUGGCGAUAAGCCGUUGUGAGCACAAAAACUUUGCGAUUCGUUCUGCUUACCCCAAAAUUCAACCACCACCGUGUACCAUUUUGGAGGGCUUUUUGAUCAUUCGUCAUUCGAACUUCGAAAAAGAUUGACGCAACUUAUCCGGUCCCCCGUGAUUUUGGUCUCCGAUCUAUAUAUAAAUACCAUCGUUCGUGUGUGCCCAUAUAUCAUACUCAAAGUGCUAUAACAACAAAACUCUUGUAUGACAAUCAUGUUGUUCCCUUAGAGCGCUUUAUUUACAGUGGAGAAUAUCGGGACUGCUCACUUCUCUUACUUCAGCGAUAAGCCACUGCGAGCAUAGCAACUUUAGUGGAUUCUUUUUACACCAAAAUCUGAACACCACCAUAUACCAUUUCUGAGGGCUUUUUGUGGUCAUUCGACAUUCGAAUUUUGAGAGAGAUUGACGCACGAAUAGCGUGCUCCCGCAAUUUUUGUCUCCGUAUUAUUCUGAUUUAUAAGUAUUACUAUCCCUCGUGCGUGUUUCCCUGCCUGACUAAAAAGACUGUUUUCGAUAGUGAUUAUCGGUGAUUUUCCACAAAAAUAAAUAAAUUGAUAAGCGCAAAGAAUUAUCAGAGUUCUGUGCUUUUAACCUGUUUAUCGUUUGUUUGUUGUACUGAUUGUUCUGGUUUAAAGACUUGCCCCCACACAACUCUAAAAAUGUUUAUCUGCUGCAUCGAUAACUGCGAGUUCAACAAUUUAAUCAGCAGUGACCAGGAGAAUUUGAGGUGCUGGCUCUGUGACGAAUAUGCCCAUAUCAAGUGCGCGGGCAUAUCUCAAAAUAUUCUGGACCUAAUGGAUAUGAAAAAUGGCCUCAAAUGGUCCUGCGAAGACUGCAGAGUGAUAAAGUCCCAAAUGGGAAGGUACAUGAGGCAGACUCGAAUGGAAAUUAGUGAGCUCUUCAGCGAACUUCGGGCAGUCCAUGAAAAGUAUUCAAAAUUGGAAUCAGCCUUUGCAUCUCAUUUACAAGACUGUCAGUUGGCUACUAUUCCUGAGGAUACUGCUUCUCAGCCAUUGAAACAAGAUACAACGAAUGGUGGGGAUACUGUUACUGAGGGAGAGACCAAAGCUGCGGUGUCUCUAGAUACUGCGCAUUCUGGAUCCGAGACUUUGAAGGAACCUCCGGCCAGAAUAUGGCAUCAAAAUUCGAGACCUGUGGCACUGCCCAUUAUACCUAUCCCUGACAUCCUGAGAGCUGUUCCUCCACUGAAGGCCGUGUUCGUUUCCAGGCUUACGACAUCGACUACUGAAGAAGGCCUUAAACACUACAUAGUGGCCAAACUUUCUUAUCCCGAUCCCGAAGACAUUGUUGUGAGAAAAAUAUAUAAUAAACAAAGGCGAAAGAUAUCAUCGUUCAAAGUCUUGGCACCUGAUCCCGUAUAUUUUAGGAUCUUAAGUCCUGGAUUUUGGCCUGAGCACAUCGUUGUGCAUGAGUUCUUAAAAAAACAUGAUCUUAAACCAAAUAUUUUUUAGUCCUAACAUUUUAAUUUGAAAUUGGUAUUCAAUAAAAGAAAAGUAAAUUAUAACUGUAGUUAUAAGAGGCACACAAUUAACAUAAAGUUUAGUUUAACCACUACCCAGGCAACUCUAAUAGUUUCCAUUAGAAAAGGAAGAUUGUAUUUGUAAUAUUGAUUUUAGGAAAUAGUAUUAAUCUAUAACUUUGAAAAUCUGAGUGGUAUGUUUCCAAACGCUCACUAGUAAUUAAAGGACUAACU